AAUCAAACCUGGCCAAAUUUCAUCCGUAUUAAUAUUCUUUGAAACGCUGCGUUCCCAAAAUCUAAGAAGAAAUAGGAAAGAGAGUUUAGUUUGGACUUGGAGUUUCUACAUUCAUGGCGAUAACCAUGACUUUGAUGAACACAACAAUGGCGCAUAUUCAGCAAGCAAAAUGGAUAAACUUACCUAGGUUCUUCUUCAGAAAGGAAUGUAUAAACUCCGCCAUGAUUGAUGUUCGAGCUUUCUCAGUUUCUUCUUCCAACAAAGAUUACUCUAAUCAGUCUCGUGGUGGUCUUCCUCGGUUCUUCUCCGAAUCCCUUCCUUCUUCAAAGGGAUGUUUGAUACGUGUUCAAGGAGAUGAGUUUUGGCAUAUGACUAAAGUUCUCAGGUUGGGUGUUAAAGAUAGGAUAGAACUUUUCGAUGGCAAAGGCAGUCUGGUAGAGGGUUCAAUAGAGAGAGUUGAUCGCACUGGGCUUGAUUUUGUGGCAAUCAAUGAUCCCAUAGUCAUACAUCCUAAGAAACCACAAUGGGAUGUAUUUGCAGCUUUUGGUACGCUGAAGGGUGGCAGGGCAGACUGGCUUGUUGAGAAGUGCACAGAGCUGGGAGCUAGUAGCUUAACACCACUUUUGACACAACGUUCUCCUUCGAUAACAGAAAAUCGGGUUGACAGGUUACAGAGAGUGAUUGUAGCUGCUACUAAACAAUGUCAACGAUUGCAUGAAAUGAUACUAAUUCCUCCAAUGAAAGUUGAGAAGAUCGUACCCAUUAUUGGACGAUCCAAAUUAUCUUUUGUUGCUGCAGCAGAAGCUACUCCUGUAAUCAGUACUUUGACUUCACAAGCGAAAGAAUCUAGAGGCUCAGUUAUUAUUGGACCAGAAGGAGUUUUGCGAAGGGUUUUUGGAAUAGGCCAUUUAAGAUUUGCGGGGAAAAGUGGGUUGCUCCUAGGAGAAUUUGGGAUUUCUUAUUUACUAAAUUUCGGAGAUUGGUGGCAAUAUAAACCUCAAGAAAUCAUAGAUCUGUUGUUAUCAUGCAAUUCUAUGGUCUAUCUGCAAAUUUUUUAACAGUCAAUUAUUGUCCUUAGAAAUAUUUUGGGUAAGACAAAAAGUUUAGCCUUGUUAUGGGCUAAGGCCAAUGGCCUCUUUCAACAUUGCCCUUUAAACAAACUAUGUUGAGAAGAAUGGAACAUACUAAUGUAGUUAGAUAACAGAACUUUAUAGGGAUCUCAUCUCUAUGAUGUUUUGCUGAAGUUUUUUCAUUAAUAGAUUUUUUUAUCAAAAAAAUACGAGAGACUGUCAAGGAACCAACUCAACCAAAAACUUAAGCUGAUAGUUGAGGCGUCAAGAUAUAUUAUAUGCUCUAACAGAGACAUAAUAAGGGAAAGUCAAACAAGUAUUUAGACAGAGAGUCGGAUCGAGGAAGGAUGAGUGAAAUAUACGUCAUGUAAUGUAUGCGGAGAUACUGUGAUUCUAUUUUCUUUGAUACUUGGUACUUGCCUUUUUGUAGUAUUUAAUUACCACUGGGCUUGUUGUACUUGGUCUUGUUGGGGUUAUCAUGUAAUUAUCCAUCAUACCCAAUUUCCCAUUGUACCAAUUUUUAGUUAUGGAGAACUGGGCGCUUGGAACGCGUAUCCUUGUCACACCUUGUACGUGAAUUCAAACAAUUCAGGUCGCAAGAGAUAAACCGACACCUGCAAUGGUGACAAUGCUAGUAGCAAAAAUGUCUAUUACAUGGUUGGGAAACCUGACAAGGUGGCCAUAUGGUCAAUUGUGGCAAAAUGAAGAAUUUAACUUAUAUGGUUCAAAUAACAAACAUGCAGCUUAAAAUGAAAGUCAUCUCUUUCUCUUCAUCUUUAACUGUGCAUGUAUAUUGAAAGUGGAGUUCAUGAUCUUUCGCUGCAUUCUUCUUGCUCUCAUGAGGAGCUGGGGUAUUUAAUGGAUUCUAUUGAAGUAAGUUUGUCAACUGUGAUGAAUAAUCAUCAUUUUGUCAAAUUUCUAAUUUUUUUAAUAAAGCAUUACAUAUCUAACUAUCAUUUGUGAUUACUAAUACUGGUGGAAAUUGAUAUGGCUUUAAUGCACAAACUGUAGUCCAACAUGCAUAAAUCUAAAGAUGAAACAACAUUCCAUUACCCCAAUGCUAUUAAGUGGCUCCUACCUAUGCGGGGUUUAGGGGGUCGGAUGUACGCUGAGUGCUUGGGACUAUCUCCUAUUCUCGGUUUAGCUCUGUUCCUUCUCCGAAACCUCCGGGGGAUUAGGGGCACAUUGUCCCUAACUUGCUUUGCUCGGGAAUUUGCAAAAACGAGCAAAACACAAGAUACCUUACACGAGGGUGAUCAAAUCCCAUGAAAAUAUUAAGAAGGAACAACAAUCGCAUGGAAAUGCACACUGAAUAACCAUAGAAUAAGGGAAAAAUAGAGGGUUAUCAACUCUCCCCAAGCAAGCCCUUGUCUCAAGCAAGGUAAAGAUCAAUUAGUGCAAAGAAACGAUAAGGAAAAGAAGGUAAGCAAAGCUCAAGGUCAAUCAUGUGAUGACCAUGGAAAUGCAUUGAGUAUAAAUCGGCUACUCAAAAAGGGGAACCAAGAAACAAUUACGCCCGACCAGAGGCUAGCCAACAAACUAGACUCACACAUGGGCAAAACACUUAAUGUUCAAGAAUCCACUAACUUGAAAUGCAAACCAGAGUCCACUUUUUCAUCCGUUUAAAGGACACCACACAACGAACCCCACAAACCAAUCUUGAGCUCUAAAGGCUCCCAUGCUUAUCACUAAGAGUGGAACAAGCCUCACUAUAUGGUAGUGCAUCACACUCGCAUGUUUAUAGGUUUAAAUCUCUCAGCGUUCGCCUAAUGAUCGAAGAGAUGAGAGCUAUCUACACAAAGGUGUUUCAAGGUUUCGCACCUCGAUACCCCCACAAGACCAAGACUUUCUUGCAAAAAGGUGGACCAUGCCUACAAAGUAGCGAAAGGAUUAAUGGUUUGGAAAGGUGGAGUGGAAUGAAGCUAGUGAAGAAUGAGGGGCAAAAGAAAAAGGAUUGUAAAUGCUAUUGGUUAGCCCAAAACAAGCGUAAUAGACCAUAAGUGCACACUUGGUAGCUAAACAAUUAGAAUAGGACAAAAUUGUUAUUUUUUCUUUCUCUUUAUUUUUUACCUUUUUUUUUCUUUUCUUUUUUUUACAAUAAUAAUAAAGAUGCUAACCACAAUGACAUGAUGAUUCAACAAAUUGGAAGAUGAUAUACCAUGUCAUUAACAUCAAUAUUCACAAAUUGGGCGCUACUAGCUACCCUUGUGAUAUAAAGGAAUGAACAAGAUGCUAUACUCUUAUGUCAUCAUGACUAUACAGGUGGGCUAGCGACCUUAAAAAGUAAAAGAAAUGAACUACAAUAAGGCUAAACCAAGUGUGACUUAUCCAAACAAUCGAUGUGACAAACCAAACCUAAAAGCAUUGCAAAAAAAGAAGGUUUUCGGGGUAAGGUGAGAUGUGAUGGACUGCAUUUGAGGAAAGGUGAAAAGAGAUGGAAUGUAGAUGGCUACGCAAGAAAGGAAGGAUCAAGGAGUUAUGAAAAGGAUGAGUUCCGUGGCAAGGUGAAGAGGGAUGAAAUAAGAAAUAUAGGGCGUAUUCUAGGUCCAAACAAUCAAAACAUAAUUCGUCUUGGGUCUAGGCUAGAUCAUGCCUAGUGCGCUAUCUAUUCACACCUCAAAAACCGAGCAAGAUUACAUAACAAGGCUCAAUCCUCACUCGAGUUAGGGUGUUUGUUCCAACUCAAAGGCGGCACCACUCCCCGUAGCUUCAAGAUGGCCCCAUAAAAAGGCAUAAAAGGGCUUACUUGUCGCAAGUCAAGAGAGGGGAGCCCUAAGCCCUAGAAUAAUGCCCAAGAUGGUCACACAAAAAAAAGGAAAAAAAGCACAUAGGGUUGGGGUAGCAAAAAGAUAACCCACAAUGAAGCCAAUCAACUCAAGCAUGUUACAAAAUCAUCAUCAAACAAGUUGAGGAUCAAGAGCAAAAGGAGACAUAGUAAGAAAAAAAUGAUAAUUCACAGACACAAAAAUCAUAGGAACUAAAGAAACAUGUACCUUCUCCCCAAGAAAAGUCUUAAGCAUCGUCUCGAAUACUUUGGACUAGGGAAAAG